AUGUGGUUCCAGCUCAGCCCCUAUGCCCCAAAGAAGAAGAGAGACGCAAAGCCGGAGGCCGAGGGUCCCACACCAGUGGUAAUCGAAGCGAGAGCCACAACUGCGACGACUCCUCGUGUCACUGGUACCUCUACAGGCGGAGCCAACAGUCUUAACGAGGCUUUUGUCAAGAAAGGCAAGCACUACUUCGGCAACAUCGGUGAUCAAGGCACGCUAGGCAACAGCCAAACGCAGAAUAUAAUCAAUGCCGAUUUUGGUGCUUUGACUCCUGAGAACAGCAUGAAGUGGGAUGCCACAGAGCCGAAUCGAAACCAGUUCACUUACACAGCCGGCGACUACCUCGCUAACUACGCCGUGUCGCACAAUAAGACGCUUCGCUGCCACAACCUGCUCUGGCACAGCCAGCUUCCUAGCUGGGUCUCUGCCAUCAGUGACAACGCCACUCUGGUCUCCGUCCUCCAAAAUCACAUUGCCAACGUAGCAGGUCACUUCAAGGGCAAGUGUUACGCUUGGGAUGUGGUCAAUGAGAUCUUCGGCGAGAAUGGUCAGCUUGAAUCCAAUGUCUUCCUCGAUGUCAUUGGUCCCAGCUAUGUCAGCAUUGCUUUCAACGCGGCGAAGAAGGCCGAUCCGUAUGCAAAACUGUACAUCAACGACUUCAACCUGGACUCUGCGACGUAUGCGAAGACAACCGGCCUGGCGAGUCAAGUCAAGAAGUGGCUGGCCCAAGGUGUGCCUAUCGAUGGCAUUGGCUCGCAAUCUCACCUUAGCGCCGGUGUCACGGGUACUCAGGCUGCUUUGCAAGUCCUGGUGAACUCUGGUGUGAGCGAAGUCGCUAUUACAGAGCUUGACAUCGCUGGCGCAGCCACCGCAGACUACGAAGAGGUCGUCAAUGCCUGCCUAGCUGUUCCCAAGUGCAUUGGUAUUACUGAAUGGGGUGUUGACGACUCGCAGAGCUGGAGAUCUAGCAGUAAACCAACCUUGUUCAGCAACUUCCAGCCGAAGACGGCUUAUACCGCACUUGUCAACAUGCUGAAGUAG